AUGGCUUUACUACCAGUGAUCUUCGUGCUGGUGCAAAGCCUGAUCCAGUACCCCCAGCCGGCUGGGGAUGGGCUGGAUGAGGCCACGCACCGGCAAAUGAAAGAGCGUCAGGAGCUGCUGGACCACGAGAUGACUCGGCUGCUACAGGAGCUGGAGGAGCAGGACAAGGGCUGGGGAGCCGUGCUCCUUGGUGCCCUGCAGCAGUGGCCAUUUUGGGUCCUUGCUGGAGUCCUGCUCCUCUUGGCUCUGUGGUUUACCUGCAGGAGGAGGAGUGGUGAGGCCAGCAACAAUGAUGUACGUGAAGGUGAAGACAGCGUAGAUGGACGGGAAGGAUGUAUGGAGGUGAAGGUGCAGGAAAGCAGCGAUGCCAGUGAACAGAGAAGCAGAGAAAAAGAAGACCAUGAUGGUGGCAAGGGAGAAAGUGGCAGUGAUGGAAUGGAAGACAGAGAAAAGACACGAUAUGCGGGGAAUGAACAAGGAAUCCCUUUGGUGGACCGCAUAGAGUGGCCUGUGGAGGACCUGGAGAGAGGCUGCUCAGUAAUAGCUGAGCUGAUGGAGAGCUUGACGCGUGUCUUUGUGAACAGCGUGAGCAAUAGCUUCUACCCAGUGCCUCAAGAAGCCAUCGGAUUGGGCAGUGCCUUUGAGGGUUGGAGUCCCCGUGACUGGGAUGGGGUGUACCGUGUGCUGGUCCCACUGAAUCCCCCACCAGGGCACGCCUUCCACCUGGAGCCGAACAGUGCAGGGCAGGUGGCAGACAGGACCUUCAACGUCUGUGUGGAGCUGGUGUGCACGUGCGAGAAGGAGCAGGUGGAAGAGAAGCCAUUGUGCUUCUUGCACCACUCGCGGAAGGAGCUGCGGCGGGAGCAGAAGCGCAGCCUCCUAGAGACGCUCUGCACCGGCUCCUACCUGGACGUGGAAAAAACCUCCCACUGGUUCUGCCACUUGGUGAGAAGCUCGUGGCUGCAAGUGCCUCAGUGGCACUCAUGGUACGUGGUGUUUCAGCCCUGCAGCCGGUCCUGCCGAUUGGAGCUGAGCAAAGGCAGGGAGAGCCUGACGGUGGAGAUGCUCUUUGGGGUGCGCCGAGGGGACUCUGACAUCUUUGUGAGCAGCCAGACCACCAAGGCCGCCAUCACUGCAAGCACAGCGUGGGCAGAGACGUACGCUGUGGCAGAGGCGAAAUUCUUCCGGCACAUCGCCAGGCAGCUGCCGUGUGAGAGCUUGCACCUGAAAUGCCUGCAGCUCUUCACCUGCAUCCUGAGGGGCACAGGUUUUUCCAGCUCUACCUGGAAGACUGUGGUCAUGCAUGUGCUGACCACAGUACCGCUGUCCCGGUGGCACAGGAGAGCAUUUGCACGGCGGCUGUGGGACAUCAUGGCCUACCUGGACCGCUGCCUGCAGCUGACACACCUGAGGCACUUUGUGCUGGGCAAUGAGAGGCUUCCUGCUGAGAUCAGCUUGCCACCAGCAAUGCGAGGGGUUGUGCCACCCAACCUCUUUGAGCACCUGGCCCGAGAUCCGGCCGCCCACAGAGAGGCAAGGCAAGCUUAUGGUCGGCUGCGAUUUCGCCUCGGGGUGCUGCUCUCCAGCCACUGA